AUGUCACUUAUGAAACGCUGUACUUAUGGUGGCAGGAAAGAAGAUUGUGAUGGUGGCGAUGCUUGCGCCAGCACUGAUGAUUGUUCGGGCGAUCUGGUCUGUUACCAUGGAUAUUGCUUUGAAGAUUACGACUACCCAGGUUAA